AAAUAUUUGUUCACCGUACAAAAGUUGCCAGACUGCCGUGUUUCGUGAGUACGGCAGCCCAGUCGCAGUGACUAGUGGAAAUUGUGUUGUCGACAAAUAAAGAGUGAAAAAGUUCAUUAAACGUUGAGUAAAGGAGCAGCACAUAAGCAAAAUGGGACAAAACCAAUCGGCCCAAGGGGGCGCUGGCGACAAGAAAGAUGACAAGGACAAAAAGAAGAAGUACGAGCCCCCAAUCCCAACGCGCGUUGGCAAGAAGAAGCGGCGCGCAAAGGGUCCGGAUGCGGCCAUGAAGCUGCCCCAGGUUACGCCCCACACGCGCUGCCGCCUUAAGCUGCUGAAGCUGGAGCGUAUCAAGGAUUACCUGAUGAUGGAGGACGAGUUCAUCCGCAACCAGGAGCGCUUGAAGCCCCAGGACGAGAAGAACGAGGAGGAGCGCUCCAAGGUGGACGACCUGCGCGGCACACCCAUGUCCGUGGGCAACCUGGAGGAGAUCAUCGACGACAACCACGCCAUCGUGUCCACCUCGGUGGGCUCCGAACACUAUGUGAGCAUCCUGUCCUUUGUGGACAAGGACCAGCUUGAACCAGGCUGCUCCGUGCUGCUCAACCACAAAGUGCACGCUGUGGUCGGAGUCCUCAGCGACGAUACCGAUCCCAUGGUCACUGUGAUGAAGCUGGAGAAGGCCCCGCAGGAGACGUAUGCCGAUAUCGGUGGCUUGGACACUCAGAUCCAGGAGAUCAAGGAGUCCGUCGAGCUGCCCCUGACUCAUCCCGAGUACUACGAGGAGAUGGGCAUCAAGCCGCCCAAGGGCGUCAUCCUGUAUGGCCCGCCCGGAACGGGCAAGACUCUGCUGGCCAAGGCAGUGGCCAAUCAGACCUCGGCCACUUUCCUGCGUGUUGUGGGCUCAGAGCUCAUCCAGAAGUACCUGGGCGACGGACCCAAGCUGGUACGUGAGCUUUUCCGGGUGGCCGAGGAGCAUGCGCCAUCCAUUGUGUUCAUCGACGAAAUCGAUGCUGUAGGCACAAAGCGUUACGACUCUAAUUCUGGCGGCGAGCGGGAGAUCCAGCGUACCAUGUUGGAGCUGCUUAACCAGCUGGAUGGUUUCGAUUCGCGCGGAGAUGUCAAGGUGAUCAUGGCAACCAAUCGUAUUGAGACCCUUGAUCCGGCGCUAAUUCGUCCCGGUCGUAUUGACCGUAAGAUCGAGUUCCCGCUGCCGGAUGAGAAGACCAAACGCCGCAUAUUUACCAUCCACACGUCGCGCAUGACGCUGGCUGAGGACGUGAACCUCAGCGAACUGAUCAUGGCCAAGGAUGACCUCUCCGGCGCCGACAUCAAGGCCAUCUGCACAGAGGCCGGUUUGAUGGCGCUGCGCGAACGCCGCAUGAAGGUUACCAACGAGGACUUCAAAAAAUCAAAGGAAAGCGUCCUGUACCGAAAGAAGGAGGGCACGCCCGAGGGCCUGUAUUUAUAAGUCGCAAGAAGAUAUAUUUUCAGUUAAUUUUGAUAAUUCCCAAACACAUGCAUUAAACCACAUUAACACUAGAA